AUGGUCGCAGCCGCUCCCGGCAGCCGUGCGCCUCGCGGCUUUGUGCGCCAGCUGCGGCUGGCUGCCCUUGCGCUGGCCGAGAUUGCCACAGACAACUCGGGCAACAUGAUCUGGGAUCUUGGGGCACGAAUGCUGCUGGACCCCAACGCCACAGAGCUGGUCUCGCUUGCGGAACCGCCGCAUACGGCAGCCGUGCAUGCCGUCCUCAUGCCCACUGCCAACAUACUGACCAACCUCAGCCGGUACAAGAUCUUCAAGGGCUACACCACUUUCAUGACGAAAGUUGCGAAACAGCAGAACACACCCAUCAUGCUGGUCGGCCUUGGCAGCCAAGUGCAGUACACCGAGCUGCGCCCCUCUGACAGCGGCGACGGCGAGGACUCGGAGGCAGGGCUGGACGUGGCAGGCGCCAGCCAGAUCAAGCUGUUCCACGAGCAGAUCAACUUCCUUAAAAGGGUGCAGCUAUCCGGCGGGUUCGUCAGCGCGCGCGGCAGGUUCACCGCGGCAAUUAUGACGGCCAAUGGGCUGCCUCCCCCACUAGUCCUGGGCUGCCCCAGCCUCCUCAUCAACCACAACCCGCGACUGGGGGCAACACUCCAGCAGAAGUGGGACGCGGUGCUGGGGCAGCGGACCUCUAAGCUGCGCCUGGCGGUCACGCUGCCGGCUGUCCCUGCUGAGCGGAAAGCCAUCAUGCAGCCAGUGAUCAAGCUGCUGGCUGAGCGCAUCUUCAAGGUGUUCCCCAACAGCGUGGUCGUGCUUCAGACCAAGCGUGAUUUGAGCAUUCUGGACGCCCUCCGAAUCGACCAUGGCGUGUGUUUGAAGGAGGGUCGGGUGCGCUACUAUUAUGACCCCCAGUCCUGGUUUGACGGCCUUGAGUCCUGCUGCGACUUUGUGUUCAGUUUCCGCAUCCAUGGCACCAUGGCGGGCGUGGCGGCCGAGGUGCCCGGCAUCGUGGUUGCCACCGACCUGCGGAUCAACGAGCUGGCGGAUGCCAUGGCAAUACCUUCCGUUAUCUUGGAUAAGGCCAAGCUCAACCCAGACACCUUUGACCUAUUUGAAUUUAUUGAGUCGGUGCCCAGCUUCGGCGACAAGUUUGAUGUGCGGCGGCGGGAGGUGGCGCGAGAGUAUGCACGCGAGUUUGAGCGGCUGGGCAUCCCGCUGAACCCGGGCAUAGCGCGCCUAGCAGAUGCAUGA